AUGGACGGAGCUUUCGAUGUUGCCAACCUGAAAGUCAACGAUUUGCGGGAUGAGUUGAAACGACGCAGUCUAAAUCCCAUUGGAACGAAAGCAAUUUUGACACAGCGUCUUCAGCAGGCCCUGAGCGCCGAGGGUCUUACGUUGCAGGAUUUCGCGAAGUCCCUGACCGAGCGUGACACUAGUGCAGCUGCACCACCCGCACCGACUUCUCCUGCGAAGCCUGCCCCCGAACCCGAGUCUCAAGUUCUGCCUAGUGGAGAUACAAAUGUAGAAGUCAAACCAGAAGCAGAGGAGCCCGCAGCCAACACCAAUGUCGAUUCCCAAGAAGAACCGAAGGUUCGCACCCUUUAUCGGUUUACUAUUGAUGAUUUAGUCUAUGGGGGAGCAGAAAGAAGAACCUGAGCCGGUUGCCGUCAAGCGUUCCAGGUCUCGGUCUCCGAGACGGUCACCUUCACGCGAACGUGAAAGGGAAAAGGAAAAGAAUCGGUCUCCUCCAAGACCCUCCAGACAUCACAGUUUUUCAGUCGACGAUGAAGCAGAUGGCUGGGAACUGAAGGAGGACGUCUUUCUGGACGGCUACAACUGUGACCUCAGUCUGCUGGUUGAUAAGUCCGGCUAUUCUGCCAAGCCGAUGACUACGGGUGGUUUUUCACUGAUGUGGGCGGGCGUACGUGCGAAUUAUGGCAUCCGAAGGGGGAAAGUGUUUUUUGAAGUACGCCUGCUCAAACAAAUUCCAGUCGAAAAUUUGGACUCCUUCUCAGGGGGUGCAAGUCAUGUAUUGCGGGUCGGGUGGUCUACUGAGGCGGCGGGCUUUGCUCUUGGAGAAGACCCGCUUUCCUUUGGUUACGGUGGAACUGGCAAAAAGUCGUGUGAUAACAAAUUCGUCGAUUAUGGCUGCAAAUUUGGCGAGGGCGACACUGUUGGGAGCUUUCUCGUAAGUUGAUUUUCCCUGAAGGUUCAUAUACCUAGGAAUUAACUGAUUCCGAGGCAGUCAUAAGCUUUGCAGUGAACGGAGUUAACCAAGGCGAAUGCUUCCGGGUGUCACUUUCUUCCCUCGGUAGUGAUCCGGCACUUUUCCCCCAUAUUUACGUAAAAAAUGUCGAAUUUUCCGUGAAUUUCGGUCAGAACGACACUCCGGCUUGGUUUGCACCAUCCUUCGAAGGUAAGCCCGAAUUUCUUCUCAAUUUACUGUUAGACCCGGCUUCAUGGAAAAUUAUGAACGAAACCGCUAUCGCGGACCGUGUCCAUGGGCGUAUGCCUCCGGCCUCGAAAUCAGAGUGUGAGGUAACAAUGAUGAUCGGACUUCCCGGCUGUGGCAAGACGUACUAUGCCGAAAACCUGUGCAAAGAACACAAGGAAAAGCAGUUUAAUAUGUUGGGCACGAAUCUUAUCCUGGACAAGAUGAAGGUUAGAUGUUGCAUGCUUACUACAUUCACACUAACCUUUGAACAUGCCUCAGGACUCUCCUGUCUGUUAAUCCGCAUAAUUGUUAGCCUAAGCGCCUCGCCGUCCGUAAAACACUUGUCCAGGUUUAAGUGGGUAGUCUAUAAAAGCGUUGCCUUACUGGCUUACCGUGUCAGCAUGCUUAAUCGACACGUCUCGAGACCACUGAUAUUAUCCUCAAUAAUAAGUUUCGCUUACGGCGAGGAUUAAAGUUAAAUGGCGCGGUUGUUAGUGAUUUGUCCGAUGUCUAUUUCGUGCGUUGUCCAGCCAUCCUGGUUGUACUUUUCAAUAAACGUUUUCCUUCUAUCUGCCUGCGGACCGUCGCAUAGUUGCUUCCUGGUUUUAGUGCGCCUUUCUUCUGAAUGUCCCGUCACCCGUCGUUUUCGUGUGUUUUGUGCCAGUAAAAUAAACGUGCCUCAUUUUUUUCGUAGGUCACCGGUCUCAACAGGAAACGGAACUACGCUGGGCGUUGGGAUGUCCUGAUCGAGAAGGCGACUCAGUGUUUAAAUAUUUUAAUAUCGCUUGCGUGCAAGCGUCGCAGAAACUACAUCCUUGACCAGGUACGUUCUUACCGUGUAGUCUGCCGCCUAAUGUACACCAUGAACUGCGUCAAUGAAUAUGCAUAUGAUGUUUUCCCUCCAUAACCUAUUGUGUAUUUACUCGAGUGGAUUCUCCAGCGUGCUAAAUUUCCCCCUUUACUAAGGGACUGAAAUGGCCGCUUAGGUUUGUAACAAGCCUGGGCAUAUUUUUGUUAGUGUCAUUCUGUUGCUCAAGUUGUCAGUGGGUGUCUACAACAAACUUUUGAAUAAAGUACUCAAGAACCCGGCGACAAAUUUACUGUUCCCCAUUUGAGGUAGCUUCAUGUUCAUUUUGGAAUGUUUAUUCUUUGCCCCACUACUCACUGGUUCAUUGUGCCUUGUGGCUUACAGAUAAUUGAUCAUUCACAAAUCGAUUUCGAUUGUUUUUUCCAUAUUUGGAUCGGUUACUCGGAACCCGCCCACCUGAUUCUCGGCUACACAGACAAAUGUCUAUCCGUCUGCACAGCGUCGUAAAAUGCGCCCUUUUGAGGGUUUUCAACGGAAGGCGAUUGUUAUCGUUCCCACAGACGAAGAAUUCAGACGGCGGAUUGCCCAGCGCGAAAAAGAAGAGGGCAAAGAAGUGCCUGAGAAUGCGGUACUCGAAAUGAAAGGUAGUUAACUUUGUGCGAUGGGGCGAUAACAUUGGCGUGCAACUCGCUACCGAAACUGGCCUUAAUUCACUAUCUGAUACGUUGACAUUUUACUUCAGUUGUCUCAACUGUAGCAGGUAAGUUUAGCUUCAGUAACAUUGUCUACCUGAGAAUAAAUGAAGUACAAAGGACAGGUCGUGUCCUCUUAUCCGCCCCUUUGGGGUUGGUGUUUACAUAUAGCCGAGAGUUGCUGCCACGCACCUAUCUGCUGCACACUUCGAUAAGUCUUUCAGGCAUCCAACAGCAUUUAAACCACUUUUUCAUUUAUGAAUUCCGAUGUCUACUAUGCCGUAUAGGAUGCAGACGGAAAUACCUCUUGAAUAUCCCCAAAGGGUUUGUCGAUCGAGCUCAGUUAGAGCUUUUGUUGGAAACCAAAACAGCGAUGACAGUGACCACAACAUGCGCUUUAAAAUACCACCACUGUCCAGGGAAAUUUAUCCCAUGUCUUAAUUAAGACUGUUGGAAGUACAACCCUAAUCUACUCAACUUUCUUUUAGCCAACUUCGAGAUACCAAAGCCUUCGAGCGAAGAUCCGUCGAGCCCUUUUGAUGAUGUGAUUUUCACCGAAUUGCAACGAGGAGAAGCUGAAGAGCUUGUGAAGAAGUACAAUGCUGAGGGACGCUCCAGUCGACCUCCACCAGAAAAGCGGCAGCGAAUGGACCAUUCUCGUGAUCACGGUCGAGAAAGUCGUUUCAGCGACCGCGACAGGAGCGACCGUUCGCGACCUGACAGCUACAGUCGCUCGCCAAAUUAUCGCGAUAAUCGUGAUCGCCGAGACAUGAGGUGCUUACGACUUCAAAUUUAUGACCGAAUAUAUUCAUUGCGAACGUCUACUAAACACCCGUUUUCCCUUUCAGAGGUGGCUACGAUAACUAUCGAGACCGCAGCGACGACCGAAGUAGGUUUAGUCGUGGUCCACCUGGCAGAGAUCGUGGCGACAGUUAUGGCCGAGGUGGGAGAUUCGGGUCAAACGGUCCUGACGCUCGCUUCGGUCGCGGUCCUUACGGGGGUGGAGACCGCCAGAUGGGGCCACCACCAUACGGCGCGUAUCCUGGUGGCCCAGGCCCUCGCGGAAGAGGUGGACCCGGACCCCGUGGCGCGUACGGUCCGCCUCCCGGGGGAAUGGACUAUCGCGGUGGACGUGGCGCCGGCGUGAGUCCAAUGAAUGGUCCGGGGGGCUUCCGUGGCGGCCCACCGCCAGGUCGUCUGGAUGCUCAAAAGCCAGAGAACUUUGGCGGUUUUGAUCAACCUCAAUCAGGCUAUGGUGCCUCUGCUGAUAAGUUCUCAGCGGAAUCUUCCGGCCGUCAGCCCUCCCCGAAGCCUUACCAAUUUAGUAGGGGUGGGACUGCUGGUCGUGGCAUGCCCACUAGAGGCGGCUCAACAGCUCCCUCGCAGGGCCCUACUUCCGGUGGCUUUAGCCGAGGUGAUGACUCCGAAGUUAAGUGGGCAACUGGGUCUACCCGUGGUGGCAUGGACCGAGGUCGCGGCAUCCCUGGUGGACGCUCAAAUUACCGUGGAAGUAUGCCUCCAGCGUCGUCUUACGGUGACUCUUACGGAAAUUAUGGAAGACCCGACAAUUACACUGCAGGCUAUGCUGCGUAUGGCGAUGACGAGUCUACAAACUUCAGCCAAGCCCCAAGUGGAGCACCUCAAACUGGCGGUAGUCGUCAAAGUGGCUCGAGAUUCGGUACUGCUCCAUCUAAAGGAGGCCAAGAGUCCUACUCAAGCUACGAGGCGUACGGAACAAAACCCGAAGGUCUGUCUGAUUCUGAGUUUUGUCGAUUUAGACAUCAAACAUUACCCAUUAAAAUUAACUUAGUGUCUCUCACCAGGGUAUGAAUUGGAAACAAUAAGUCAGCGUUUAUUACUGUCCAAGUUCGCCAUCCAUGAAAAUGGAUUCAACCAGGAGAUGCCUCUCAUUUAGUGUAACGGCAGCAUGUAAUCGGUCAGAACAGACUUCCCCAGGCUUUUGUAUUGAUCUUUUUGACCAUCUAAUAGUGGGCGGUCACAUUGCCUGUAUAAGUAACUGACCUUCAGCUAAUCCGAUUUUCAUUUAACUCGAUUGUGAAAGAAUGGGCGGUCUCGGUGAGCUUCGGACCCACGGCAGCAAGGGCAAUCGCGUCAAACGAGUUAUUAAAAUCUUCCAGAAGCACCGACCGGUCUAAUUUUCCUUUUUUAUCGAUCCCUAUCUACAGACCAGAAAAAGACUAUCUUUAAUCAACACUAACGUGCCUGUUGUUAAUAUGUAGAACGCGGUCGUUACUUUGUGGGUUUGAUCUCUGCUGUCUUAGAGACAAACGGCCUAGUCAGUGCGUUCAGUGGGCGUAGGCAUUUAAUUUCUUAACGACAAACAAAGCCAAUUUCCACAUGCUCAAACACUUUAGGCACCAAUGUUUUUAAGGUACAUAUCACCACAUUAUUUGCGUUGCAUUGACUGUCAUGUGUUAGGCGCCAGCCUAGUGUUCUGAGACUGCUAAUGAAAUGUUUUGACAGGUGAAUUACUUCAUAUGUAAAGCUUAGACAUUCUGUUGUAAGAUACAUUCGAUUAGAAAAGUCUGGUAGUUGACUGUCCUUCCCUUUGGAGCUCACCGGUUUUCCACCGGCCGUCAGUGGGAUACCAACUUUCCGAGGGGUCCAUGUAACCCUAAGGUAGCUCCACGAAUGGUGAGUUAAGAUGAAGUUCGCGAGUUAAACGUGCUGAGUUACGACUGGAAGCACGUACAGACGGUUUUCACUUGCCACUAUACAGUGUCUUGCUUUAUUUGGGCUGCGCGGAAGUGCCCUCUCGCUUUGACCACACAGUGGAACGCCGCAAGUAGUGCGAUAAUUUUGCCAGGUGGUUUAGCCCGGUUUAUAUCUGAGUGUGGUGAGAAUAAGAUGGUAAUGGUAACAAGUAAGCCAAACGGUCCUUAACCAAGGUGAUUACGUCUAGGUCGUUUACAAAAUUAACAUUUUACACAUUCAGGAGGGGGUUUGGAAUCAGAACCGAAAGUGCGCGCUGCCCGUGUCUAUUUAAAACUGUAGACUUCUUGCGGCUGCUAUUGCCUUGUUCAAGAUUGCCGAAAUUUUUCAGUGUUUGUGUGUGAACGUUGUCUGCCACAAAUAGUCCGUGGUUAAAAUUUCGUCCCCUAUCUGUCAUUAGUAGUGCGAAUUUAGGCUUGCAUUCUCGUUCCGCAUCUUAUGCUGAAAUAGGCCAGCAAGACUUUCGCUGUUACUCAUCAGACUCGAAACAAACGGUCCUUCCGCGUGACGUUCCUAAAACGGAGCUCAUACUUGGAGACUUAGAAGGUUGGGCAGCCUGGUAUACAAACGACUAGUGCUCUUCGGUUUUUCGGCUGUUUCCUCCCUAGUACAUUUCGCCUACUCAAUAAUAGCUGGUAACUCGUCGUUCACUAUAGGUGACCAGGACACUGGAUUUCGCAGUAGUCUUGGAGGCCGUGGUGGUGGCCGUGGGUCCUUCUCGCAGCAGCCUGGUCGCCCUGGUCCAAAGCCACAAACUGACUCCACAUUCCGCGGCGCAAACCCGCCUCCCCCUGGGGAUGCGCCGAGUUAUGGCUAUGGCGACUAUUACGCGUCGGAUCCCUACGGAGGAACCCAGCCGCAAUCAGGCAACCGCUCCUACAACGCUCAGUCAAGUGCAGUCGCCAAACCUGGCCCCCCACCAGCAGCCGGAACCCAACAGCUUCGUCAGCAAACUGGCUCAUUUGGAGGUGGUGCUUCCGGACUUCCUCGAGGUGGCCGACCCUCACGUUUCAGCUCACAGACAGAUGACGCAGUGAUUAGUGGAACCAACCCCACCGCCCCAUACCCACCGACUGGUGGAGGCAGUCAGGGCGGCUAUCCAUACUACGGCGGCAUGAACGCCUCAUCAGGCUCCUCGACAACUGGUGGCGCACGUAAGGACGUGAGUAGCGUGGGUGCACCAACACGCGAACGCACGCGGUUCGACCAGGGCCCACCCUCAUCGGCCUCAUCCGCACCGACGGGAUCUAAUCGACAAGACCAGCCAUCAUCUGGUCAGUCACAACAGGUAUGCACCCCCCAAAUGAUGCCGUUUAACACAUUUCUGAAGUCGCUCUGCGACUGCUUUAUGUUGUCCACAUCCUUGCUCUGAAUUACUGUGCUAAUCUUUUCUUGCAUUUAGUCUUACAAUUACGGCUACGGUCAACAGAGCCAAAAACCAGACUACUCUGGCUACGGCGGUUCCUACGGGUCCUACGGAAAUACCAGCAGCGCCUAUGGGUCAUACACAGGCUAUACGAGCGGAUCUCAGCAGCCAUCCAGCGCAAGUGGCCCUGUAACAACCACGGCACCGUCUCUGUAUGCAUCGGCUGUGGGGGGGUCGGCAAAACAGUCGACACCGAGCGAUUCUAGCCAGGCAAAUGCCUCCUCAGCCUAUAGUUCAUACUACGGUUCAUAUGGCGCAACCGGAGCUGCAUCCGGUAUCGGGGCUCCAGGAGCAAGUGCAGCAGCGACGGCCGGUGGUCAGGCGACAGCCCCUGGAAACGCCGCGGCGGCGGCCGCGGGUUACGAUGCAAGUUUCUACGCUGCACAGCAGUUCAAUGCGUGGCAGUACAAUCAGGCCCCAUCCACUGCCGGAGCAUCAACUGGAGCUGCCCCGUCUGCCUCUGCCGCUGUAGGGGCGGGUUCCUCGUCGACCGCGGUGCCUCCGGCGACAAAUCCACAGUCUUACCAAGCUUAUAACUAUCCCUACUCCAAUUACGGUUACGGGGGGUCCGGCGCUUCUGGACAACCCGGUCCUACCCAGUCAGCCAGUCAAUACUAUUCUGGCUACCAGUAA